GCCCACCAGCGCUCACGCGUACACUCACGGGCGGUGCGAUUGAUGGUAUUUUGGCUGGAGAUCUGAAGGCUGUCACGAGAACUUUGGCAAUCGCUUUGGUAACGGAAUUAUAAGGUAACAAAUGUUGAAAUGGCCGGACCUGGGACAGCAGGUAACAUUUUCAAUGAAUUCCUCAAGCUUAAAUGCCAGGGCGUAGAGGUUGUCUUCAUCAUAUUGUAUUCAUAGCUUGGAUGUGACUUGUUUAUCCAAGUUCAAGUUGAAUCGAGAUAUUCCUGCCGCCCAGUGUCAGUCAGUGGCUAUUCUCAUGAUCUCGUUGUGUAAAGUACAUAGCCCCUCUCAAACUUCAAACUCCCGGCUGUGUCAAAAGGAGCAUGUUGACAAAUGGCCGACCCCAUGGCAUGGUACGUAUUAUGCUUCAGAAAGAGAUAAAAGCAGAUCAUGGCCUAUUCGAAUACCUACGACUUCCCUACACUACAUUUACAUUCUUACCUUUUUAAUUACUUCAUACAUUCAGCAUGUUUUCCAAAUUCAUUCUUCCUUUUACCUUCUUUGUGUUAUGCGAUGGCAUUAAUGCAGAACGACUUAGCCUGCAGGCCAGGCGGUCUUCUCCAAAAUCAACUCUUUCCCGACGAGCAAACACAUCGACCGGCAUAUCCGCUCUAGUUGAUAAUCAAGAUUUGACGUACUCCACCAAUAUAACUUUGAAUGGCGAGACAUUUUCUGUUUCAAUUGACACCGGAAGUUCCGAUCUUUUUGUGACUUUACCUGUGAAGGGUGCUAUCAAUCAAGGCUUUGAUUCGAAUGUAACAUAUGGUAUUGGCAGCGUGCAAGGAUCAGUAGAAGCUGCAACGCUGCAGCUGGCCGGGUAUGAAGUACCGAACCAAUUCUUCAUCAACGCCGCUGUUACUCAGAACCAGUCAGGGCAAGGUCUAAUUGGCCUUGGCUCGAGCUCUGGAUCAGUUAUUCGAGCACAGGCUAACAGUUCAGCCGGGGACCCAGCGCUAGAUCGCAUCUUCCGGCAGAAUACGACAACACCGAACUACAUCUCAGUCCUUCUUGGACGUUCGGAUGAUCCUUACGAACCUUUUCCCGGAGACUUGACUAUUGGGGAGGUGCUCUCGAACUAUACGCAAAUCCUCGAUCAGCCCAAGCAAAAUGUCACCGAUGCCUUCCUUCCAGCAGCUCAGCACUGGCAGGUUUUACUUGAUGAAGAUGGUAUCAUUGGCCCCGAUGGGAAAGCCAUUCCAAUCAAAUCCCAAGUCAACAAUAGCGUCGAUCCUAACCGAGCAACUGUGGUCUUCGAUACUGGCUUCACAUUUCCCCAAGUACCUUCCGAUGUCGCCGAGGCAAUCUAUGGCAAUAUAAGUGGUGCUUCUCUUCAGAACUUCACGGGACUGGGUACAUACUGGGUACUUCCUUGUGACCAAGAGCUCAACGUCACAUUCAUGUUCGGUGGUGUUCCGUUCCCCAUCAACCCACUGGACCUCACCUAUGACCCUGUCGAAGCCGGUAUAACUCUGCUCGCCCCUGGUACAUGUGUGGGAGCGUUUCAACCCGUCUCUUUUGAUAGUACCACUGAUGGUGUCUUCACGUUCGACAUGAUAUUGGGCAUGUCAUUUUUACGGAACGCUUACCUCCUUAUCAACUUUGGUGACUUCGUGGAUGGAUCCAACACCACCACAGCCGCUCCCUACAUCCAGAUGCUGCCCGUCACCAAUGCCACACUUGCAAGUGAACAGUUUGCUCUCUUGAGGCAAAACCAGACAACCUCCUCCGGAGCGCCUUCGAACGUAACGAACACGAGCGGAAUGUUCAGGAGAUCAUUCGACACUGACGACGUCGCAGAAUUUUCAGCGGAGCAAAAGAAAACUGCUGUGUGUCUUGUGGGAGCUAUCGUGGCCGGUGUGAUUUCCGUGUCCCUGCUGGCGAGCAUGUGGUAUGUCUACUGCAGACAACACCACUCGUCAAUUUUGGGACAACAGCAGAUUCAGCUUGAUGGAGACGAAUAUCCCUUACUCGAAGAAGAUACCGAAAAGGUAUAUCUCCUUCCCUUUGAUGGUGGCAACGCCUCAGUACCAAGUUCCACGAAUAUUUGAAAAACUGCGUUUUUCACUUAUUUGUGCCUGGAGCGACUUGAUUUCUCUGUUUUUGCAUAGCACUCACUCGAAUGGAUUUGUUUUUUGUUUUCUUUCGAGUUAUACACAUAGUCAUUACGUACAGUUACAGGCGUAAUAUAC